AUGCCAGCUCAUCCUCGUGGGCUGGCGCCCGACCCAAAUACCUGGCGCAAUGAUUCCAGAUAUUGUGCGCCAGGCGGACCAGGCCAAGUCCAGCCACCCACAGGUCCAUCUCGAGGUAUGCAUUCUCAGUAUCAGCCCCCUGCUGGACCUUCGUAUCAGAUCUCUGCUCCAGUAUCAGUGUCAGCGUCAGUGCCAGCCACGGGCACAAGCUCAACUCCACGAAUCCCAGACCCCCCUGCUAUCCCCACCUUUUCGCACGUUGCCUACUUCACCGCGAUCCAACUCGAGAUCCUCUACGCUCGCAAACGCGGCGCACGCAUGUCGGCUUCAACAUGGAAAGCCAAUCGUGAUGCUGCCGUCGGUUUCAUCCAGGCUGUCGCCUCCAGACUCGGCUUCCCACAGCGUACCAUCGCAACUGCCCAGCAGAUCUACCAGCGUUUCCACCUCUUCUACCCACCCGCCGAAUUCUCCCUUCGAGAGAUUGCCUUAGCAUCCCUCUUUGUCGCUGCCAAACUCAACGACACGCAUAAGAAACCAAGAGACAUUCUGCUCGCCAGCUAUGCACUUCGCUUUCCUGACCUCGUGAAAGGCAACUUCUCUGGCCGCGACACUGCUGGCCCUUUGUCGACUCGAGCUGACAAUAACGUAGCUCACGAUCCUACUAUCUCGGCUCUUGCGGGUCAAAAGCGGAAAAACGCACCAGACAUCACUACUGGCUCAUCUUCACCAAAGCCUCUAGCGAUGGCAAUAGGUAGUGUGGCAGAAGCCGAUAUCGAUCCCAACCUCGUUGAAUACGAUCGAAAGCGACUCAUGGCACACGAGAAGCUCAUUCUCGAGAGUUUGUGCUUCAACUUUCAUAGCAGCGCCAACAUCACGCUUAAGAUGGUCAUCAAGCUGGCAAGGAGGAGCAAGCUAUCCAAGUCGUUUACUCGGUCAGCUUGGAAGAUUGCCGCGGACAUGUUCCGCACAAGUGCGCCGAUGCAAUAUCCGCCGAAUGUCAUUGCUGUGGCUGCUCUGUACGCUGUUGCUUUGCUUGCACGUCCUCCACCACGCAGCUUCCCAAAUGAGCAGCAGCAAGGAAAUCGAGAUGCGGCAUCCAGCUCGAAAGAUGCUGACCCGAUCGUCAACUUCUUGCAUAGCAUCAAGUCCGUUUCAGCAACACCGACAGCAGAGGAAGCCUCAUUAUCAACACGAACCCCGGCACCAGUCCCACUAUCUGAACCCUUUCCUGGAUGCGACUCAGAAUGCCACGUCCUUGUCGAAGACGUGGAAGAAUCAGUCCACGAACUCCUCGACCUCUACCUCGGCUCGACAGCUCAACUCCCAUCUUGGCUCUAUGACGACACAGCAUCCACCACCAGCUCUCCCCUCUCCCCUUCGGACCAUCUUGAGAGUUUCAACAUUAUACCAUCUUCUCCAGCUGAUUUGGGAGACCCGAGUGGUCGCCCGCCCAGGAAGGUACGACGUCCGCAGCAACAGUACGAGUACUCUCCUCCGCCAUUUGGACUUGUCGAUUGGCUCAACUCGGCUCGCUUCUUGGCCUUACAAGCUCAACUGCAGGCUGUGAAAUCUUCAGACAAGACAGCAGAAAGUUUCAAGUCAACAGCACCAGUCAAAGAGCUCUCAGCACUGCUUACAGAUCUCAAGAUCUAUCUGCGUGGGAUAGAGUAUGAUCGACAGAAAGCUGAUGAUGCAUACUUGGCUGAACUAGGUAUCUUAGCAGAGGUCAAUGUGUAUCCCUUGCCCGAAGCCGAAGCUGCAGAGGCUGCUGCUGCGGUUGGCGCUGUAGGGAUGCUGAACACACCUGCUCAUUCCGUGUCGAUCAAACUUGCGCCUUUGAACGAGACUCAAGCGGGUAAUGUGGAACAGGCGAGUCGAGGUACCGCUGCACCAGCACCGACGGCGGAGGAUCCAACAGCAAAGUUGACCAAAGAACAGAAAAAGAUUGUGGAAAGAAUUAGAAGGCGCAAACUUGUGUCCGCGCUUCGAUUGACAUUUGUCGAACCUGGAGUGGAGAAGAGGUUCAACAUGUCGGCAGAGGCAGUACAAAAGAGAGAAGAUCAAAAGCUCCAGCAGGUGAAGGAGCAACAAGCCGCAACAGCCACUGUAGCAGGAAGAGGUGAAACAGUUGUUGUGUCCAAGCGAAACCGUAUCGAAGCAGCAAAACGCUAUCUCUUCUAA